AUGCGCAAGAUCUCCCCCGACAACAAACCCGACGGGAUCUCGCGCGCACACACUCGCAACACCAACUCGCUCACAAAGGCGCUGCCGACGAUGGCCAUGUCGGGCACGGUCGUCAACCUCACGCCCAAGGGCACGACGCACCGGCUGCUGCCCAACCCAAGCAAGUCCAAGGUGCACCCGGAAGGCACGAUCGCGCCCAUCACGGCGCUCCAGCGCCGCGGUAUCGCGCUCCUCGAGAACAAGUCGUUUGCGGGUUUGAUGAGCGCCAUCACGCUCUACUGCCUCUUCGCCGACGACUUUCGAGCGGCUUUCUUUAGCAAGAGCGCCGACAUGGGCUUCUACGUCGUCGCGUUCCUCUGCCUCCUCCUCUUCCUCGUCGAAUUUGGCAUCUCGUGCCGGUGCAAACCGGAUUAUCUCCUCUCGUUCUACUUUUACCUCGACGUCCUUGCCACCUUUUCGCUUCUGCCCGACAUUGGAUUCAUCUGGAGCCCGCUGACCGACGCUGAUACGGUCUCGAGCGUCUCUCAAGCCGGCGCCAAGGCCGGACGCAUCGUCCGUGUCGUCCGCGUCAUCCGGCUCGUCCGCAUCGUCAAGCUCAUCAAGUGGAAGCACAGCACCGAAGAGUCGGACUUGGUCAUUGUCGAGAGCAAAACCGGCGGCCGCAUGGCCGAAAUGACCACGCGCCGCGUUGUUAUGAUCGUGCUCUUCCUCUGCUUUGUGCUCCCAGCCUUUGACGGCGGCUACAACGAGCCAUUCAACCUCUUCGAGUCGCGCGGCUUUGACUUGAUCCACCAAAUGACGACGACCUCAGCGGAUGUGUCGCUAAGCCCGAUCUUUCUCAACACCUUUGGGAGCUGGUUUUACUAUACGACUGACGACGUCGUAUACCUCACGCUCCACAACAUUACUGGCGACAAGCUCGGACGGCUCUUCACCUCGUUCUCGUUUCCAAGGACGGAUGUCUCGACCGCCCAGAUUGCCAAGAUCUUGCCGUCCCAAGCCGCCGUCCUCGACAAGUACCGCGUCAACGAGCUCCGGUCCAUCACAUCCACAGGCUGCUUUGCGGCGUGGAAUGGCUCAGACAUUGUAGCCGACCCCGUGCUCACGUCCAUGUCGUGUGAGUCGGUGGUUUGGUUUGACAUUGCCAAAGUGGCCAAGGCGACAGCCAUCUCGAGCCUCUACCGCACAGUCUUUAUCCUGGGUGUCCUCGUCAUCGCGUCGCUUUCGUUCGUCCACGUCGCCCGCAUCAUCGUCCUCAACCCCAUCGAGCGCAUGAUGGCGACGAUCACGCAGCUCGCGGAAUCGCCGCUCGGCCAGCACCUCAGCAUCGGCGGCGAACAGCAAGAGUUUGCCAAGGAACAAGGCUUUGAGACAGCCGUGCUUGAAGCCACCUUAAGCAAGAUUUCCGGAUUGAUGCAAGUCGGGUUUGGCGCCGCCGGUGGCGACAUCAUUGGCAAGAACAUGGGCAUCGGCGACCUCGACCCCAUGUUACCCGGAAAGAAGAUCACGUCCAUCUACGGUUUCUGCGACAUUCGCCAGUUUACAGACACGACCGAGUGCCUCCAAGAAGAGGUCAUGGUCUACGUCAACAAGCUCGGUCACAUCAUGCACAGCGGGACGCACCACUACUACGGCAUGGCCAACAAGAACGUCGGCGACGCGUUCCUUUUGAGUUGGAAGAUCUGCGAUGGUGAGCUGCCAGGCUUUGCUCGCUUCAGCGACACACCAACGGAAGAGGACCGCAAGGCCGUGAACCUCUCGACCAAAUGCCCUGCGAAUGCUGGCGCGGGCCAGCGCAUGCGACGCAUCUCACCGACCGAGAUGGCGGACUCGGCGCUCACGGCUUUUCUCAAGUGCAUGAUCGACCUCGACAACGCCAACUCGUUUGGCGUCUUGCACGAGUACAUCAUCAAAGACGUGGUCGUCAAGCGCUUCGGCGCUGGGUUCCGGAUCCGCAUGGGCUUUGGCAUGCACGUGGGGUGGGCAAUCGAAGGCGCGAUCGGAUCGCGCUUCAAGAUUGAUGCGACGUACAUCUCGCCGCACGUCGAGAUGGCGGACCGUCUCGAGGCCGGGUCCAAGAUCUUCAAGACGCCCGUCAACAUCAGCCACUGGCUGUACGCACUAUUGUCACCGUCUGCGCGCAAGUUUCUGCGCAAGAUGGACCGAAUUCGGAUUCGAGGCGUGGACACGCCGCUGACCGUCUACACCUUUGACGUGACCAACCCCAAGCCGGGGUUUGCAACGCCAAAGUUUGAGCUCGACAAACGGGGCAAAGAAGUGCAGGUGCCCGUAGACUUCGAGAACGACGCCGAGUACAAGGAGAUCCGCGAGGGCCUCGACCCGGCCUUUCUAGAAGCAGCCGCUAACGGCGUUGAGCUCUACCUCGAGGGUGACUGGCGCGGCGCCAAAGUGGCGCUCACCCAAGCCCUCGAGCUGCGGCCGGGCGACGGCCCC